AUGAAGUUUUCCAGCACCGCCCCCCUUAUCGGGGCGUUGCUCGCUGGCCUCGGCCAUGCGUCUCCCAUGCCCAAGGCUCGCAGUGCCCUGGCAGCUCGGGACGCCAACUGCACCUCGUUCGACAUGAGCAAGAGCUUCGACCAGGCCACGCUAUACGCUGGUUCUGCUCCUGCUGCCGUGGCUGGCGAGGCUGAGGUUAACCUGUUCCUCGGACUGCCCAGCGCUGCCAUCUCUGGUAGUGUUGAUGUGUCUUUCAGCCUCGACUUCCUGACGGCACCGAAGCUCCGGGUGGACCUUGGUGGCGUGAAGGCCUUGGUUGAGCUCGCCAUUCGCGCCGAUGCGGAUGUUUUCGACACGGUUGAGCUUAUCUCCUCGGGUGACCUCUCGCUGGCCAUCCCUGGUGUCCUUGAUGUUGAGGCUGGUCUCGGCCUGGCUCUGGAUCUUGUGAUCAGUGUCAGCGCCUCUGUCGACGUGUCUGCUGGUUUCGAGGUCGAGUUCCCCAUCGGCUCUUUCGUCGAGAUCGACCUCCUUACGUCGUCGGUUUGCGACCACCAGCUGAACGGUCUUGCGGCCAACACUCUGCCCGUGACUCUGGGUGCUGAGGUCGACCUGUCGGCCGACAUCACUCUUGUCGUUGGCCUGCGUCUGCGUACGGAGAUCGACCUGGCCGCCAACAUCGACCCGCUUGGCCUUCCUCUGCUGAGCACCGGUGCUGAGGUCGCCGUCUGGAUCAACCUGUUCGACUACACUGCUCUCAUCGUCGGCGGCUCCAGCGGCCUUCUCAUCGAUGCCACCGUCGCUGAGGACUUUGUGCUGAACGUCGGUAUCCUCAUUGACGUCAACGUUGAUGUGAUUGGCAUCGACGUCCUCGACCUGGAUCUCGCACCCACCGUUUCGGUUGCUCUUGCCACUGCUCCUGCUACCACAACCGCCGUUGCGAUCAGCAGCGCCACUGGUGUCUCGAUGACUGCCACUGGCGGUGCUGCCGCUUCCGUUACUGGCUUCCCUGGAUCGGGUGCACAGGCUUCCGGUUCUGCUGCCGCCUCUGGUGCAUUUGGCGCGGGCUCGUCUGGCUCUGCUUCUGGUGCUGCUGGUUCCAUCCCGUCUGGCUUUGCCAGCGGUUCUGGUGCCUCUGCUUCGGGCGUUGCCGGAUCUAUUCCGUCUGGCUUUGCCUCUGGCUCUGCUUCUGGUGUUGCUGGCUCCGUGCCGUCUGCAUCUGCUGCCGCCUCUGGUGCAUUCGGCUCUGGUUCGGGUUCGUCUGGCUCUGCUUCCGGUGCUGCCGGCUCCGUGCCGUCUGGCUUCGCUCCCGGCUCUGGUUCGGGCUCUGCUUCCAUCUCCGUCUUCGUUUCCGGCUUCGGCUCUGCCACGGACUCUGCUAGCCCCGUCUCUGCUACUGGCGUUGCUGGUUCUAUUCCGUCUGGCUUCGCUUCCGGCUCUGGCGCAUCUGCUUCUGGUGUUGCCGGUUCCGUGCCGUCGGGCUUUGCUAGCGGCUCUGGUUCAUCCGGCUCUGCCUCUGGUGCUGCUGGCUCUGUCCCGUCUGGCUUUGCUAGCGGCUCUGGUGCACCUGGCUCUGGCUCGGGUGCCGGCUCUGCUUCAAUCUCCGGCUUCGUUUCCGGCUUCGGCUCUGCCACGGACUCUGCUAGCCCCGUUUCUGCUACUGACGUUGCCGGUUCCGCUCCGUCUGGCUUUGCUCCUGGUUCGUCCGGCUCGGCUUCCAUUUCCGGGUUCAUUUCUGGCUUCGCCACGAGCUCUGCUAGCCCGGUGUCUGCUUCUGGUGCUGCUGGUUCCGGUUCGUCCGGCUCCGGUUCAUCUGGCUCCGGCUCCGGUUCGUCUGGCUCUGGAUCGGACAGCUCUGCUUCCAUCUCUGGUUUCGCUCCUGGCUCUGGCUCCCCCACGGGCUCUGCUAGCCCCGUGUCUGCCUCUGAUGUGACUGGCUCGGGCUCCGGAUCAUCUGGCUCCGGAUCUGCUGGCUCUGCUUCCAUCUCCGGUUUCGCUCCUGGCUCUGGCUCCCCCACGGGCUCUGCUAGCCCCGUGUCUGCCUCUGAUGUGACUGGCUCGGGCUCGUCUGGCUCGGGCUCCGGAUCAUCUGGCUCUGGAUCUGCUGGCUCUGCUUCCAUCUCCGGUUUCGCUCCUGGCUCUGGUUCUGUCACGGACUCUGCUAGCCCCGUCUCUGCUACUGACGUUGCUGGCUCCAGCCCGGCUGGCUCCAGCUCUGUCCCCGGCUCCGGUUCGGGCUCGUCUGGCUCUGCUUCCGGCAUUGCUGGCUCUAUCCCGUCCGGCUCUGGCUCCAACUCUGCCUCUGCUGGCUUUGCCUCUGGCUCGAUCGUCCCGGCCGCCAGCAACACGGCCACGAUUGUCGCUUCCGGCACGACCUUCACUUCCGUGCCCCAGGCUGCCAUGACGACUUCCGCUGCUGCUCUCACUGGCUUCAGCUCCGUCGUCGGCACGGGUGCCAGCUCGGACCACACGAUUACCUCGACCUACUUCGAGACUCAGGUGGUCACGAUCACGUCCUGCGCUGCCUCAGUUGUCAACUGCCCGGCUUCUUUCACCCAGAAGGUCGUGACUCAGAUCGUUGCCACCAAGACGGUCGUCUACUGCCCGUACGCCUCGACCACCGGAACCGGUGCUAACGGCUCUGGUUCUACUCCUUCCGUUGCGACUGGCGUCCCUACGGCAACUCCCGUGAAGUCGAUUGUUUUCAGCACCUUCCCUGCCUCGUCGCAGCCGCCUGCUAGCACCUUCACGCCGCCUGCCACCGUCUCGGCGACCAUCAUUGCCACCGUGACCUUCGCCAACUCCACUGUUGCAUUUGCGUCGAACUCCUCGACCGCCACCACCGUCUCGGUUGUUGCCACUCCUGCUGCCAAGUCGCCUGUCCUGAGCGUCGCUCCCGGCAUCGACGUCACCGCUGUGGUUGCUGCUGCUGCUGGCCCGUCCGGCAUCAUCACUGCUACCCCGGCUGCUGCCACCACGGCUGUUGCCAGCGCCAGCACCACCAAGGCUGUGGCUGCUGUCACGGCCUCCGCCUCCAGCGUCCACGGCUCCGGCAGCACCAGCACUCCCUAUGCUGUUGUGACGGCCGGUGCUGGCCGCCUGCAGACGGGCGCCGGUGCGUUCGUCAUCAUGCUGGCCGGUGCUCUCCUGCUGUAA